CUUCUGCACAUCCACCGUCGGAACUUAACAGUGUGACAUCCAGCGGAAGUAAACACUACAGCCGUUAGCAGCGUUAGCUCUGUGCACGUAACGUUAUUGAAUGAAGUGGAAGACGGUAUUGUAGCGGUGACACAGUUAAUUAUUUAAUCUGUAAUUAAGCGACAAUGUCUUCAGUUGACUGUUUGAGACAGUUUGUCAACGAGCGACUAACUGCUGCUGCUGAAGAAAUAUUUGGAGUUUUUCAAAAAACUAUCGUCGAGUACGAAGAAGAGAUCUAUCGUCAGCGCAAACUGCUGGAUAUCGUUUGCAAACCUGAAAUAAAGUUACACAGGAUAGAUCUCCAACAGCAACAUGUCUGUGAGGAGGAAGAGGAGGAGGUUCUCACUGACCAGCAGCUCUGUAACCAGGAGAGGAGCUCCAGUCUGGACCAAGAGGACCCAGAGCCUCUACAGAUUAAAGAGGAACAGGAGGAGCUCUGCACCAGUCAGGAGGGAGAGGAGGUUGUGAUGAAGGUGAAGGCUGAUACCUUUGUGGUGACUCCUACUGAUGAGGAAAGGGACCAUGUUGAACCAGAACCUGAAAGUGACCACCAGCUGCUGUUGAACAACUUUUAUACAGCUGAGAGCCAAGAUCAGAAAGGAUACGAGCAUGAAGACUCUACUAGAGAUGCAGAGACAGAACAAAACGAUCAACAAUAUGAAAACAGAAGUCAGAGUAACAUCGUCUGCAACCCUAACUUGUCAGGGGCUGACAGUAAUAUUUACAGCCAGCCUUUCAAAUGUAACACUUGUGGGAAGGAUUGUAAGAAUGAGUCAGGAUUUCUGAAACACAUAAGAAUGCACACAGGUGAGAAGCCGUAUAUUUGCAGAACAUGUGGGAAAGCUUUCACACAGAGUUGUUCUUUGACAGUCCACAUUAGAGGUGCCCACACUGGUGAGAAGCCAUAUAUUUGCAGAACAUGUGGGAAAGCUUUCACACAGAGUUGUUCUUUGACAGUCCACAUUAGAUGUGCCCACACUGGUGAGAGGCCGUACCUUUGCAAGAUCUGCGGGAAAAGAUUCACUGACAUGUCAACAUUGAGAACGCAUCAGAGAAUUCACACAGGUGAGAAGCCAUAUAUUUGUACAUUGUGUGGGAAAGCCUUCAGGCAGAGUGGUACCUUGAAAGUCCACAUUAGUCGCAUCCACACUGGUGAGAAGCCGCACGCUUGCAACAUGUGUGAGAAAAGAUACUGCCACAGGGCAGACUUGAGGAAACACAUGAAAACCCAUACAGGUCAAUAGCCGUUAAUCUGCAAAACAUGGGAGCUUUCACACAUAGUGGUGACUUUACAGUGCAUGAGAUGAACCAACACUGGUGAGAUCUUUAAAUUGCAGGUAAACCAUGUGGGAGACAGUUCAGUUCUGGUGGUUCGUGGUCAGAACAGAAGAACUCACUGAAGUGAGGAGCCACAUAAUUGCAGCAGAUUUAGGAAAAGUUUUACUCAAUUCACAUUCUUUAAGAAACACUCGAGGAUUAAUAUACACACUCCUGUAAACAUGUGUUCAUCAACUAAAUGAAAUACACUUGUGCAGAAGCUAUUUGUCUCUUCUGAUUGAAACAGAUUUAUUUAUUAAAAACUUGUUGGUUUCCUGUAAUUGAAUGGUUCUAGGUAAACACUGUGUGUAUCCAAUGGCUGGCUGUAAAUGAAUACAAACACAAAAUACAAGAC